AUGAAACGGCUUAAAAUUGGUAUUAGACCCCAAUUAAUUAUAUUGGUGUGUUUUUCAUCGUUGUUUUCCCUUUUAAUAUUGGGAAUAGUAACAGGAGUAUAUUUCAGUUCAAAUUUAAGUGAUUUGCGGGCAGAAAGAUUAGAGGUUAUAUCACAAUUGAAGACCACACAAGUUAAACAAUCAGUGGAAUAUGUUUUUUAUCAAGUAUAUUGGCUAACGACUAAAGAAGACAUAUAUGCACCCCUUUCAUCUUAUAGGGCAGGUAAUAAUACCAAAUCAAUAUUUGCUGGAUCGACUGUUGCCUUGGAUCAGUUUCUUGCAUCAUCGGAAUUGUUUUCGGCAGCUAAGCUAUAUAAUUUAGAUCUUGAUGUCAUGUCCGAAAGUUUUAAUAAUGUUUCCAUAGUAUCAAACUCAACCAUGGAUAAUUUAUUUCCAUUGGAUAAACCAGAUACGAAGCAACACUUUUCUUCAACUGGAAAUCUUGAUGAAACUAGGUAUAUCUCCGGACCUCAAAGUAAUUCGACGGAUCCUGAUAGUGCAUAUUUUAUGGGAAUAACUUUGCCUGUGUAUGCCAACAGUUCCAUACUUUUAACAGAACCAUUAAUUGCAGGUUAUAUGACUAUUAUAGCUAAUGCAAAAAAUAUACAAAUUGCAAUAAAUGAUACAAAUACGAAUGAUGGAACAGGGGAUUAUACAGUGGCAUUAAUACGACCUACGUUUGCAAAUUCAUCCUCAUCAGACCCAAUCGGCUUCCAAACUAUUUUUCCUGUGAAUAGGGAUGGUUUAUUGCCGAAUCGUAAUUACAGUAUUGAUUCGGCUCCACUGGUAGAAGAAGCAUUGCUGAAAAGUGCAGGCUCUUCUACUAAGGUUAAAUCUUAUAAUGGAAAAUCUGUAGCUAUUGGCUAUACACAAAUACAGUUAGAUCCCCAAUCAUAUUGGACAGUCAUAGUUGAACAACCAAGAUCGGAGUUCUUAACGCCUGUUAUAAAACUAAGAAAUAUCAUUAUAGGAGUUGUAAUAGGGACUGGGGUUUUUAUGUGCCUCAUAACGUUUCCCUUAGCAGUAUGGUUUGUGAGGCCCAUUACUAAGUUGAAAGAAGCGACCGAAUCCAUUACUAGGUCUAAGAAAAAGAAAAAUGUCAAUGAAAGAGGAUUAACAGAUAGUCCUUCUGUUCCACCUUCUUAUUCAGCAAUACAUCCAAAUAGUGGCGCGUCAAGUAAACGAAAUAGUGUUAUUUCGGACGUCACAAAUACCUCAUCCGUUUACUCUACGGCCAUUAGAUUACCCACAAAGAUAUCCAAUUCCAAGAAAUUUUUCAAAGAUGAAUUAACAGAAUUGUCAGAAGCAUUUAACAUAAUGACAGAAGAGUUAGAUAAGCAGUAUACCCAUUUAGAGGAUAGAGUUAAAAUUAGAACAAGAGAAUUAGAGGCACUGAAGAUAGAAGCAGAAUCUGCGAAUGAAGCAAAGACAGUUUUUAUAGCUAAUAUCUCACAUGAAUUAAGGACACCGUUAAAUGGUAUAUUAGGAAUGACGGCCAUCGCAAUGGACGAAAAUGAUCACACAAGAAUACAAGAAUCCUUAAGAUUGAUUUACCGAUCUGGUGAAUUAUUGUUGCAUAUUUUGACUGAGCUAUUGACAUAUUCCAAAAAUACUUUGAAUAGAUCAAAAUUAGAGAAAUCCAAUUUCCAAAUUUUAGAAGUCGUUUAUCAAGUGCAGUCUAUUUUCAGCAAAUUAGCAAUGGAUCAGAGGGUUAAUCUUAACAUUUUGUUGAAACCUGAUAUAAUUCGAAAAUUAGUUCUAUAUGGUGAUUCAAAUAGAAUUAUUCAAAUAGUUAUGAAUCUAGUUUCUAACAGUUUGAAGUUUACACCAGUUGAUGGUACAGUUGAUGUUUCCUUUAAACUUUUAGGUGAAUAUGACCAAAUUAAUUCAGAAAAAGAACAGCAUAAGAAAGUUCUUAUUUUGAGAAACACAAAAAAGUUUACAGAUGACGACCCAGGGAUGACUAAAAGAGCUAAUACCGAUAAUGAUAUUGUAAACCCCGAUACAUCUGACGAAUACAAAGAGAAAUACUCGAGUAAUAAGUCAUCUACUUUUUCGGGCAGGGAUAAAACUUUUGACACAAACAAUGAUAGUUCAAGUAUAUUGACUUUAUCGACUGCUGAAUAUGAAAACACGAUUUUCAAUGCCCAAUUCAAGCAAAAUAUAGUACCCAAUCAACGAGGAUUAUCUAGUAUCUCAACUAAAUCUAAUUUUGAAGAUAACACGCGUCAUGAACUGACAAUCCAAGAUAUUGAUGAUGUUCGUUUGGCAAAUAGAAAUGAAGCUGUUGGUGUUAAUGCAUUCAAUGAAGAAUCCAGCAUAGAAUCUUCCAAAAUUGAUGGUCAUUCAAGAAGUUACAUGACAGCCAUCUCGCGGAACGUAACGGGGGAGCUGCCUCAUCAGAACGCAAGUAUUAGUUCGAGCUUUUCUACUGAUGAAGUUAUCAAAGAAGAUAAAGUUUAUAAAAUUAAAAAGCUAUAUGAACCUAAAACUUGGGCCAUUCAAAUAGAGGUUGCUGAUACAGGACCAGGAAUUGAACCUGCUAUGCAAGAAAAAGUUUUUGAUCCAUUCAUUCAAGGAGACCAAACAUUAUCAAGAAGUUAUGGAGGUACCGGUUUAGGUUUAUCUAUUUGUAGGCAAUUAGCAGAAAUGAUGAAUGGGACUUUAACCUUAAAGUCCACUGUAGGCUUAGGGUCGACAUUCACAUUUAUUGUUCCAUUGCCUCAAAGUGGAGAAAUAAUAGUAGAUGAAGAAGAUAUGGCACAGUUCUGUGAAGAUGAGUUUAACCCUAAAUCUAGAGUUAAUAGAAAGGUUGCAUUUGAUAUUGAACAAGAAAAUGAUAAUUUUAAUACUACGAAUACAUCAAGUCUGUCUUCUAAUGCAGUAAACCUGGCUAAAGGAAAUGGUUAUGACAAUUCUUGUAAUAGUGAUUAUUUUCUGGGUAUUAAGGAAGGUAUAGAAGUUAAAUAUCAAAGAGGAAAUUCUCUUGAUACUACUGAAAAUCAAUCCGGCCCAGAUAAUGAAGGCGAUACAAAUAAUCAAACAUUAAACAGGAAUAGUAUGAAUUUCAUUAAUGGCAGUUCAAGCGGGACCACUACGCCUAAUCCUAAUAAGAAAAGAAAUUUGGAAGUACCAGGGAUGAAUGAAUUUGAAAAACCACAUUUAUUCACAAAAACGUCCACAGGAACAGCGAGCUCUCUGGGAAUUGAAAGGACCAUAAGCUCAAAUAGCAUUGUGGACGAAUUAUCUGAUUUAAGAAUUUUAGUUGCUGAAGAUAACUUAGUCAAUCAGGAAGUUAUCAGAAGGAUGUUAAAAUUAGAAGGUUUCUCAAACGUUACGAUGGCUUGUAAUGGUGCUGAGGCAAUCGAACUAGUAAAAGAAACUGAUCAAGAAUCCUGCUCAUUCGAUCUCAUUCUAAUGGACGUUCAAAUGCCAAAAAUUGAUGGCUUGUUGGCAACAAAGAGAAUUAGAAAUGAUUUACUGUAUGACAAUCCAAUUAUAGCUUUGACUGCCUUUGCGGAUGAAGCAAAUGUCAAAGAAUGUCUAAAUUGUGGAAUGUCGGGAUUCUUGGCCAAACCAAUCCGCAGGUCGAAUUUAAGAAAAGUUAUAACUGAAUUCUGUCCUUCCUUUCAGCCAAAUGGUGCUAAAGCAUAA